GAAGGAGCAGGCGAGUAUUCGGCUCGUCGUCAGCAGCGGCCCGUGAGCUGUCAUCGACUGCUACACUCGUAUAUAAUAUGCUGCUGCAGUAGACUUUUCGCACUGGUCGUGUGUCGUCUGCUAGCAAACACUUUCGUGUACGUCAGUGGCACGCGUAUUUGCGCGUACUUGGUGUCACGAAGGCUGCGAGAGCUGCUUAUAGCCUGAACCUGCUGCGGCGAUGUACAAUCGUCGGCCAAUAAAAUCGCGAUGGACGAGCUUGGUAGGCCUGCCUCGCCGGACUCGGCUACCACUGCAGCAUGAUCAGUAGCACGAGAGCAGUAGCAUUGGUAUACAAGUGGCGGCAGCGUUGACAAAGUCGCCCGAGUGAAGCUCCUGCGCGCUUACGCGAUGAUUCCUCAAGCAACACCACAACUCAACAGCAGCGAUUGAAAUUCCAAAUGCGAUCCUCGACUGAUCCACAUCUUAGCAAAGAUCUGGCACUGCUGCUACUGCUCUCUGCCUACUUCUGCUACUGCUGCGCUGAUGCACGUGCGGCGCUGCGGACAGAGCCAGUCAACCUCGUCUCUCCAUGUGUGUGUGUGUUUGUGUGUACUCACUAAUCGCUCGUAUAUAAGGAAAUAGAAUAUGUAUUGCGCACACGUUAGUCGUUGCUAGUAGAUGUAUUGUACACGGUACACAGGCGCAAUGAGCGACAUAUUGGUGCAUAUAUAUGUGUCAGUUAUAUCGGCGCGCUGCAGAUGUUGUAGCGCGGACUCGUAGCAGCUUGCAAUUCGCUCGAUGCAGGCUGCAUUGCUGCUGCUGCCAUAAAGUCACUGUGCGUUCAGCGGCGAGCCAAGAAACUUUUACGAACUUUGUAUACGCGCUGCUUUUUUUACACAUAAAUAAAAUAUAUGUUGUGUGUACAUUGGCCAGUGACAGCAAUGACUUGAAACGAGUGCCGAGCUUGUAUUGUGCGCCUGCGGCAGAGCGUAAGGUGUAUCGGAGUAUGGCAUGUGCAUGAUAUAAGGUAGCCAAGGUAUAGGACGUAGGUAGCGAGCGUCUGCUCAUCGGCCGCUGCGCAACUCAGCCUCUAGCUGUCGAGCUCGCGACUCGCAAGUGGACUAGUCAGGAGCAGCCUGUAGUUGUUGCUCAGCGGCAACGACGAAUGCAAUGGCUAAUGGCAAAAGAUAGAUCGGAUUCGAUAGGCGCCUCGACGACUUUCUACUUUUAAAAGGGAAACGCGAGGGCUCGUUUUACCCAAGACUGCGAGCAUGGAUUUUAUGGUCAAAAGAUUGAUGAAAAUGUCUCUGACAUUCCGAAAUUUAGCAUUUUACCAAGCCAAUCAUGUUAAUAUUUCAAGAUUUUGGAACUCACCAUUAUUUUAUAAAGAUAAAGUUCGACAAUGUGAAUUUUCCAAUGCAAAAGAUGAUCUAAUGUUAAUAACUUUACAGCAAGGACUUAGUCCUUGCAAGCUACUUACUUAUAUUGAUUGCAAUAAACAUCAGAUAAAACGUGAGCAUGUUUUAGCAGCACUAUCAUCUUUGCAAAACUUUUACAGAAACAGGUGCCAACCAAAUACAAAUUUGCACGAAUUGAUAGAUUUUACUAAAUUAUGUUCUUAUUUAAAGCCACAAAUUAAAUAUUUAAGUGCUACUGAAAUCAUCAAAGCACUCAAUAUUUUGAAAUUAUUGAAUGUACCAGGAUCAAAUAUUUUUGUGAUUACUUUGUUCCAACAUUUAGAAUUAACUAAUGAAGAACUUUCAUUUCAAGAUAUGUAUAAAGUAUCUGUUCUGAUUGAUACAUUUAUACCUGUAAAUAUAAGCAAGCCAUUGGUCUUGACCAUGAAAGAAAAGUUCAUCACUAAAAUUUUACAAAUUAAUAAGAAUGACAUAAAUUCUCUAAUAUUUGCUCUUUGUUUUACAACCAAAAAUAUGAAAGAUGAAACUACUAUUCAGUUUUUAUUGAACGCCAUUGAUGAUUACUUGCAAAAAAUUGAAUAUCAUAAUGCCUUGGAUAUUUUAAAGCUGCUGUGUUAUAUUAAAGAUAUUCCCUAUAAAUUUAAAAAUUUGAUAGAACAACUUCAACAAAAAAUAGCUGAUAACAUUGAUCAAUUAAAACCAGUUCAAAUAACCCAAAUAAUCAGAGGAAUGGCUUUUCAAAUAACUUCCAAGCAUGAAGAAUUUUAUAAUGAAACUUUUAUUGAUGAUCUCAUUCAAAAAUUAAUUUGUGAAAAUGGAGAAUCUAUACAAGAAGAUAUUACUAUUUUAACUUGUUUAAAUUCAAUAAAACAUGUGCAAAUGGACUUACUAGAUUAUAUAUCUGCAAAAUGCUAUGAAAAUCCAAGUUUAUUGGGUUUAGACUCAGACUUAUUGGAACCGCUAGUAACUGGACUAGCUAUGGCAGAUUAUAAGCCAGUAUUUUGGGAUGCAAUGAUAGAUCCAAUAAUGAAUAAUGGAAUUCCUGACAUGAAGCAUUUAAAACUAUGUGAUUACUCCUUGAAUUUAGCUUGUUUGGAAUGUUUUGAUAGAAAGUUAUAUCACAAAAUUUUCACUGAAAAAAGAAUAAUUUCUAACGACCAUUUAAAAAUACUUUUGAGAUUAUUUCAAGUGGUAAAGUCACUUUAUCCUUCUUAUGAUGGACCUUGGCCUUCAAAAAUUAUUAUGGAAUCUUUCAAAAAUUUACCUCAAAGUAAUUACCCAAAUUCCCCGCUCUUAUCUGCUUUAGAAGAAGUACUUGGAGAUGAAACAUACAUUAUAUCAAAUGUCAAGACUAACUUAGAACAUUGUAUUGAUCAUGUUAUUGUUAUAAACAAGGAUGGUUAUCCAAUCAAUAUUUAUCCACAUGAAAAAAUAGAAAUGAAUAAAGAUCCAACUAAAUUUAUAUACUUAGAAGAUCUUAAAAUUCCUUCUGGAAGUCAAGUGUUUCUAAUUCUGUAUGUUCAGCCAGAUUCUUAUGCAAGAAAUACUCACAGAAUGUUAGGCCCUUACUCAUUAUUUAUUAGAACUUUAGAAAGUAUGUCUUACACUGUGAUUCCUAUAAAUGGAGGUUGGUGGAAAACUAUAUCAAAUACAGAAAAGACUAGGUACAUGAUGCAGGCCAUUAAACUUAAAUUUUCAAAUGAUUCCAAGAGUACUACAGUGUAGUAAUUAUAAUAAUCUCCCCAGCAAUUUUU